AUUCUAGUAUGAGUCUCUGGACGAACCCAAACUUCAGGGAGGAUCUCUAACUGCCUCUCUCCCUCCCUCCUGCAAGGUUAUAAUUCAGUAGAGUCAUAGCGAGCUGGCAGACAGAGGCAGUCCCAUGAACAGAGAGGCUUUAUCUCUUUCUAAGGUCGCUUUAUAAACUCUAGGAGACAAGGUAACAUCCGAGGUGUCUCCUAACUGAAGUGAACUCACCAACUCAAACACAGAGAUGGACGAAAAGGCGUUCACCAAGGAGAUCGAUCAGUGGAUCGAGCAGCUGAACGAGUGCAAGCAGCUGUCUGAGGGACAGGUGAAAACACUGUGUGAAAAGGCAAAAGAGAUCCUGACUAAGGAGUCGAACGUGCAGGAAGUGAGAUGUCCUGUGACAGUAUGUGGUGACGUGCACGGACAGUUCCAUGACCUCAUGGAGCUCUUUAAGAUCGGGGGGAAAUCUCCAGACACAAACUAUCUGUUCAUGGGAGACUACGUGGACAGAGGCUACUACUCUGUGGAAACUGUCACUUUACUAGUAUCACUUAAGGUUCGCUUUCGGGAGCGCAUCACAAUCCUUCGAGGAAACCACGAGAGUAGACAGAUCACACAAGUGUACGGCUUCUACGACGAGUGCCUAAGGAAAUAUGGAAACGCCAACGUUUGGAAGUACUUCACAGACCUGUUCGACUAUCUCCCUCUCACUGCCUUGGUAGACUCUCAGAUUUUCUGCCUUCAUGGAGGCCUGUCCCCAUCCAUAGAUACACUGGAUCACAUCAGAGCUCUGGACCGUUUACAGGAAGUGCCACACGAGGGUCCCAUGUGUGACCUGCUGUGGUCAGACCCUGAUGACCGCGGCGGUUGGGGCAUCUCCCCCCGAGGAGCCGGCUACACCUUCGGUCAGGACAUCUCUGAGACCUUCAACCACGCCAACCGCCUCACGCUGGUGUCCCGAGCCCACCAGCUGGUCAUGGAGGGUUACAACUGGUGCCAUGAGAGGAACGUGGUGACGAUAUUUAGUGCUCCUAACUACUGCUACCGCUGUGGCAACCAGGCAGCUAUCAUGGAACUAGACGACACCCUCAAAUACUCGUUCUUGCAGUUCGAUCCUGCGCCUCGCAGAGGGGAACCUCAUGUUACUCGCCGCACCCCAGAUUACUUCCUGUAAACUCUGACCCCUGUACAGUCAGCUCCAGUUUUGCCAUGAUGUAUGAUCUUCAACUAAUAACAACAUGACUGAAGGAGGGGAGGGAUGGAGGGGCGCUUGGUUGGGUGGGGAGGGAGGGGGGCUACGCAGCAGUGCACGUUGUAUAUCCACACAGAGACGUAUUUAAGCAGUUAGGGAAAACAAUGUCUGUCUAUGAAUGGACCAAAAGAUGUGUGCCAUAAUCACUACAACUCCCAUUGCUGAGGACUCGUAUUGAAACUCCCUCCUCUCUUUAAAACGACACCCUGAAUCCUCUUCCUGAACCCGUGGAGCCGGACGGAUGGCACUGAGGUCCAAGGUGGGAAUUUGCAGCCGUGAUGUGGAACCCUUGAACCCCACAUGCCGUGGCUUCUAUUUAGGAGAUCUGAACAUGAUCUGUUUGCACUUUUGUAAAUCUUAAGAAAUGUAACAUAUGUUAAAAAAAUGAGAAUGAUUUCACACUACAGAUGUUUUUCUUUUUGAUUUUUUUUUUUAAAUGACAAAGCCCCCUUCAGGAACGCUCUACAGACGAGGUUUGUUUGUUUGUAACGUCCACGUUCAACUCUCUUGUUUUGCAGUCGCACAGCUCGGUGUAUAUGAUAGAUGUGUUCAUCCACAUCACCUCACUGACUCCCUCUGAACCACAGAGUCUGUAUCAAACAUUGGAAUAAUAAAGAUUAAGGUGGCUCCUUGA